CACGAGAGGCUAGACUUUGUCUCGAGUCCGUUUUAAAGCUACCAUUAUCUUGACAUGCAUCUUAAUAUUCACAGAAUGUACACGUAUAUAUAUAGUUUCUAAUCAUCUGUGUCUGUGACAAUUCAAUCGAAGAUUAAUAGUUGAUUUCAAGACAUCGACCGCAAAAGAAGUUCUAACAUGAACAACAAAUAUAAGAAAUGGAUGGUAGUUUUGUUUGUUUUGUUUCAUUUUACUGGUUUUGGAGAAGCAAGCUGUAUAGGGCUCGAUUCGUUAAUGCAACGAGCGAAGUCGUCGUGCGUAGUUGCUCACCUUACAGGUGAGUGUAUCGACCCAGACGAAAACGACGAAUUCGACGAAUUUCUGAAUCUUCGAAAUAUCUCGCGAACCUUGAGCGAAGAUAUUGGGGUUUUUGUCGAAUAUAUUGGAAUUUCAGAAAAAUGGGCAGAUGUGACACCCAUUAACAACGGGGAACUAGACGUAGGGGAUGUGGUGUUGUUCAAGAAAACGAAGAAAGAAACGGAUUUUCUUGAUCCGUCACCGCAACCGACACAUCUUGACCCCAUAGUUUACAAACGGAAGGAAGAACAUAAAUCCCUGAUAGAUUUUGUCAAUAUUGAAUGCGAAAUAUAUAUUACGGAAAAUGGGUCGUUGUCUGAACAAGGUGUUCACCGUGAGGAGAUUCUCAGAGAAAGGUUUCAUGUGAAAAAUAUUUCAAAUGUUAAAUUCAAAGACGCAUUCCAUUCGAACUGUUUUACGGAGGGUGAGUUUUGUGAAGUUAAUAGAAACAAUAUAUACCAAGAUGAAGAGAAACUACCGGAAUGCGAAAAAUUAGAAAGUCUUCCGUCUAAAGACGAAUUUUUUCACAAGUUUCUUAAAAAAUCAAAGCCUGUUAUUUUUAAGAGUAUUUUAAGAGAUUGGCCAGCUUUUACAAAAUGGUCUAAUGCAUACUUAAGGGAAACAUUUGGUCAGAAACAUAUUCAGUUUCAGAUGUCACCAAAUGGGGACUAUGAAGGAGUAGAACCUCUACGCCUGUGGGAAAAUGCAAUUCGGGACGAGUUGGUGAACACAGAUAAUUUACCGUUUCCUGAUUUAGUUUUAGUACGACCAGCUCCAGUUAAUGGAACCUUUUCAAUAUUUCUUGAUAUUAUUGAGGGAUUAUCAAAGGGGACACUGACCAACUUCUCAGCUUAUUUUCAAUACUCAUCCAUACCUGAAUAUCUGCCAGAACUGGAGAAAGAUUUACGGGAGGAUUUGCUCUUCCCUGGUCUGUUAAUCAACAGACAGGAACUGAAUAUUUGGUUGAGUGAUGGGCACACUCGAGGAAAGCUUCAUUUUGAUGAUUACGAAAAUUUUCUGUGCCAGAUAAGUGGCAAAAAAGAAGUAAUAAUGUUCGACCCAAAUAACAACCAUCAGUUGUAUGAAGGUCACCUCCAGGAGGCUACCUUGAACUUAAAUUGGACAACCAAAUCAUUCCACAGACGACAUGUCAAUAAUGUGACUAAUGCAGUAAUGUCGCCGGUAAACAUGGUCAAACCUGAUUUUUCCCGGUUCCCACUGUUUGGGGAAACCUACCCCCUAAAUUGUACCUUGGAAGAGGGUGAUGUCCUGUACAUGCCAUCUUUCUGGUGGCACGAAGUCCAGUCAUUUCCAAACGUAACAGCAAGGAGAAAUCUGGCUGUCAACUUUUGGGCGAGAUCUACAUGUGUGGUAGCCUACGUUACCGACGAUUGUCAGAUUUCAGAGCAAACCAUUGGAUAUAUAUCAUUUCAAAACUUGAGGAAUUUAUCGUUGAACCACGAACUAGGGGUCCUUGUUGGCUUUGUUGAUAUAAAAGACUCAUGGCCGGAUAAGACAAUGCUCACUGCAACAAAUGGCACCGUCAAAAAUGGAGAUGUCUUGUUGUUUGAAAAAAUCCAGAAGGACUAUAUCGACUUGGAAGCUACUAUUCCCGAGAGCCUCGAUCCCGAUGUUCUUGGAAACACCCAGGCAUUAGAAGAUCUAAUUGAGCUGGUAAACCGUGGAUGUAACACCUAUUUCACUGCUACUGGGUCGCUCUCACGACAAGGUCUCCAUCGGGAAGAAAUUCUCAGGUCAAUGUUUCAUGUGAAAAACAUUUCCAAUGUGCAAUCUAAAGACGUAUUUCUUCAAAAAUGCUUCCAGGAUGAUCAAUUCUGUUAUGCAGAUAGUAAAUCGCAAACACGUGCGAAUAUUCCUAAACUUCCGGAAUGUGAGAAAAUAGACCUUCCAUCAAAAACCGAUUUCUUCAAUAAUUAUUUGAAAAAAUCCAAACCUGUAAUUUUUAAAAAUGUUUUGCAAAAUUGGCCAGCGUUUACAAAAUGGUCUAAAGAAUACCUUAGAGAAAAGUAUGGACAAAAGAUAGUAAAAUUUCAAUUAACACCGCACGGAGAAUUUGAGAGAAUUGAACACAAAAAUGAAUGGGGAAACCAGAAUCAGAUUAAAUUACCGAAGUUUCUGACUGACAAGAUGCCUUUUCCAGAUUUAGUUAUGGCGAGACCUGCUGCUAAAGUUGGAAAUUUUUCGUUCUUCCUGGACAUCUUAGAAGGAGUUUCUAACGGGUCUAUUUCUAAUCUUUCCGUCUACUUUGAAUAUGCAUCCAUUCCAGAAUUUUUACCGGAACUUGAGGAAGACAUUCGCGAAGACACGCUUUUAGGAGAUAUUUCUAAGAGGGACCAGUUGAAUAUUUGGCUUGGCGAUGGGCAAACUGUUGGGAAAAUGCAUUUUGAUGGGAGCGAUAAUUUUCUCUGUCAGAUGCGUGGAAAGAAGCAGGUCAUAUUGAUAGAUCCACACAGUAACCAUCAGCUCUAUGAGGGCCAUAUCCAAGAGGCUACCAUGUCCUACAAUUUCUCGUCUCACUCAUUUGAAAGAAAACACCUAUUGGACGAAACGGUAUACGUUUGGACACCAUUCGACAUUUCUAAUCCCGAUUAUUCUAGAUUCCCGCUCUUUGGUGAGACCUAUCCUAUGAACUGUACAGUAGAAGAGGGGGAAGUUCUUUUUAUUCCUUCUUUUUGGUGGCACGAGGUGAAAUCUUUUCCCAACGUGACGGAAGGACGAAAUCUGGCCAUAAACUUCUGGUAUGAACCAUUCUUUGAACGAAACUACCCUUGCCCAGAGUGUCAGCUAGACAUCAAUCCAACAUACAGAGACAUUCUGUGAGGAAUGCUUUAAGUUGGAAAAAUAUGGUGUGGGAAAAAACAUACAGCUUCAGAGGUCACAGGUCACAUGGCAACAUCAAUGCAAAAGGAUAUAAUUUGUGCCAGAGCAAAUUUCUUUAAUUUCAACAUAAAAAGAUAAAUAAAUCUUUACCAACACAAC